AUGCCAACUUCAUACUCCAUCCAAGAGCGCAUCACACGAGAAAACCAAGCGCGUCAUCCCCGAUUUGUUCUUGGAAUGCCUGUCUAUGCUGCUACGACCACUGCUGCACGAACUACGACAAAGAGUAUCGAGAGUGAAAAACAAAAAGAACCAAAUUACACUAAAGUUACGAAAAAUUCAAAAUCAAGCAGCGCCACCACCAACGGAAGAGGCCUGCAACUCAAAAGUCGACGCACGCACGUUGCAAUUAACUACGAAUUUACUAGCAAGCCGACAACUACUGCUGCCGAAGGCACGUCGAGUAUCGCUGAUCCGACGACGAAAAUACAUGACGAGAACAGCAGUAAUAAUAUGAUCAACAGUUAUUCUAUUUCUGCUGCUGCAUCGCCACAAAAAAAUCUUAUAUUGAAGGAUUUAACGAAUAUUGUUGGAGUGUCAUUACCAGAACAAAAAAAGCAUCUCGAAUCAAAUUCCGAUAAGGUCACACUUUCAAUUCCUAAUGAAAAUCAAAGUGUAAAGCCGAAUACAAUACAUAAUUCAAAAAAUAGUGGGGCUCUUAAUUCUAUCGACGAGAAAAAAGACGAAAGCAAAAAGAAAUCGCCAUUUGAACUCUAUCGUUCGAAAAAAAAUUGUCUUUCAGUCACGGAUUUCGCAGCACUCGCUUGGUGCGAGACUCAAUUUGAGUUUACCUUAGCCGACGGGGGGAGACGACAAACUGAGGUUAUGGCCAAGGGAUCCGAAAUUCACCUGACUUUGGAGUUGGAAAUUCAUGAAAUAGUUGAAAUUGAACUGAAAACGAGAGAAGAUCGUUGGGGGGAUAGACUACUCAGCCUGCUUACCGGCCUUUCCGAAAUUCAAGUACAAGGAAAAACACGUGAACUACCGAUGUUUGGGUUUAUUGAACAAUUUUUAGUUUUUGGGAUUAUUGAUGAAGUUGAGAAACGUCCAGUAUCAAGCGAGGAAUCUGGUCCAGUUCAAGAGCCUCUAGUUAAACGUCAAAAACUUGGGAUAGAAUCAUCGUCAGCACCUUCCAAGACUGCAUUAUUCUUAUCAGAUACAAAAACCCGCAGCAAACCUUACGUUUUUCCAAAUUCUACGCCAGGCAAUAAGUAUCAAUUGAUGCUUUACAAACGAUUGUUUGAUGAAUUUAUGUUAUAUGGCAUCAAUGAAAACCGCUUAUACAAAACGGCUAUAAUUGAUCCAGAUGCACCAUUUUCCAGAGAAUUUGGUAAUCACGUUCAUAAGACCUUGGCUUCUUUAGAUAACCCCGAGAAAAUGGAUAAAGAAGUAAUACAGAAUUUUGACAGUGAUGAUAAAGCAAACAAGAGCAAAAAAGGCACCAAAAAGAUAAUGAUGAACAAAGAGGAUGCAACAGCUGGUGAACAUCCCGAAAAUACAAUCCGAACAUUAAUGCUACGCGUUAAAGAUCAGAUUACCAAAUUCACAAAAUCAAGCAAAGAGUUAGAGUUAAGUUACCGGUAUCAAGAGAAUGGCAAAAUCAUUGGAACUCAUAAAUACACAUAUGACGGUAUUGCACUCCAAAAGUAUUUGAAGCAUUGUGGUGAUUUUUGGAAGGGGUUAAGGGUUGCUACAGGUGUUGAGAUAGAGGAGGCGUGGAAAUGUUGUGUUUGCGAUUAUGUUGACGUGUGUGAAUGGCGAGCGCGUAAGGCUAAAGAACUCGAAGGAAAAAAAUAA